UGUUAUAUUUCAAUCUGUGUUCUUUUUAUUACAUUAGACGUGCAAUUUAAGCCAGAAUGGAAAUCCAAUGACGGAGUCUUGACUAUUUUUGUGAAUAUGAAUAUUAUCUGAAUUAUGCACAUUUCUAUUUGUAUUGUUCAUGUCAUUACUUUUAAUGAUCUUUGUGACUUUAAUCUUGAAUAAUUCUGACUUUUAGACAACAAUGUCGUCUUUUCUUUUCAACAGUUUUUUGAAUACAUUUGUUUGACCUCAAGGCCUCAAGAAUUCCCCACCUUUGGGGGAUUGCGAAAGCCACCUAGUGAGCCCCAGGCCUAUUUGAGAAACAACAUGUACACAGUACAGUAUGAUUUUAUCUUGCUUUUCUGAGGUUUGUGUAAAAACUAACAAUACGACUAAACAAUCUAGAAAAGGCUGCUUUGCAGCAUUUUUAACACUUGAUCUUGUAAAAAGAACAUACUGUUCAUAUCUAGCACCUGGGAAAAUAAGUGUCAGGUUUCUUUUCAUUCUUAAUAAUUUCAGUCUACUUUUAUUAUUGAUGUUUUUGCGUUAUAUAUAUAUAUAUAAUUAUUGAAUUAAAGUGAUAGUUUACCCUAAAUGGAACAAUUGUUUAUUAAUUCGCCCUAAUUUCACUCCAAAUCUGCAUGGAUAUUUUAUUUUGCCAUAAAAGAUGAAAUUUUAAGAGAACAUGGGAAACCAAAAAACUAUGAACCCCACUGACUUUCAUUGUAAAACCAUUGAGAAACCAAGAGACAUUUCUCAAAUUAUUUCCUUUAGUGUUCGACAGAAGAGAGAGAGAAUCAAACAGAUUAUGAAUCAUAUUAGGGUUUAUAAAUGAUGCCAGAAUUUCAAAUGCGUUUAUUUGACAGGACAGGAAGAGCAGCAUGAAGUGAGGGGUGCGAGAUCAGCACAGGUUUGACUUGCUCACUGGUACAGUAAUUAUUCAUAUGCGAGACAUAAAAAUCAACAGGACAAAGUAAACUAAAUAUAUUUUGAGGAGCGCUUAGACAUGAUUAGGUUUCUGAUCUCAUUUUGUGUGCCUCUUCUGCAACUGGUUAACGGUGAGACUUUUAAUAUCAUGUCACGAUAAAACUUAAAAUACAAUAUUAAAGGUGAAAUUCAUAUGCUACUAUUUAUAUGCAAUGCUUGGAUUUUAUGUUUAACAGGUGCAAUAAAUAUUGUACAAACACCAGUAGCACCUAUAACUUCCCUUACAGUAGCACCUACAACCUCCAGCUCUGAUCCUUGCUAUAAUUACACAAUCAUUAAUGACAUCUGGAGAGAUGUUCGGCCGUACCAGUACUAUGAAAAGGACGACAAUUUUGUUGACUGGAAAGGCUGGUACCGCUUCUAUCUAAAUGGCGCAAGUUCUCAAAUGUCAGAGUGGUGUGUAAGUUACAUAAUAUGUGGAGGUGAAACUGCACUGUUUCUCUCUGGUUCUCAUCCCAAACUUGAGGAUGGAGUGGUGACCCGAGAAGUCUCUGGAAAUUAUCGGUGGAACUACUACAACCAGUGCGGCAACCAACGACUCAGCCCCAUUCAAGUUAAAGCUUGUCCUGGACAUUAUUACGUCUAUAAACUUGUUAAACCCGACAUGACAAUUAGCAGACCUACAUACUGUGCAGUUACUUUUAACAACAUCGUCAGUGAUCCUUGUUACAACUAUGAAUCUCUGGAUCGUCCCUGGAGAGCCUCUAAUGAAAGUGGAUUGUAUCUUUGUGAUGACUCCUUGUCCUGGAAUGGCUGGUAUCGGCUUUUCUACAACGGGCUGAACAUCAGAAUGUCAGAGAGCUGUGUUAAAUCCAAGUGUAACACACUUUACAGUCUGUGGCUCAAUGGUACUCACACUCACAUUCAGGAUGGAGUUGUGACCCGGGAGGUCUGUGCGUCCAGUUGGUCGGGCUGCUGUAAUAUGAAGUCCAUACCAAUUAGAGUCAAAGCUUGUCCAGGAGAUUAUUAUGUCUAUGAAUUUGUGAAGCCAUCAUAUGGGUGUUCAGGAUACUGCACAGAUGUUGACACUACAUCCAGUGUGACUUCCACCACAACUCCAGUUGUUUUUACCGGAUCUUACAUGACUUCAUCUGCCAUUGACACAGAGUAUGACCCAUGUUAUAAGUACAACAUUUUGGAUGAUCACUACAGAAGUGUGCACAGUUUCACAUAUGAGUAUCGUCAUGAUGACACACGUGUUGAAUGGGACGGCUGGUAUCGAGUCCUUAACAAUGGAUCCAGUGCUCAGAUGCCCGGGGGGUGUUUCUCUUACAUGUCAUGUGGAGGCUUCAGUGCUCUGUGGCUCGGUGGUCCUCAUCCUAAAAUAAAAGAUGGCAUUGUUACACGUGAAGUCUACGGCUCUGUUGACAACCGGUUCAGAUUCUGCACAUCCAAUCCAAUCCAGGUCAAAGCUUGUCCUGGAAAUUAUUACGUCUACAAACUCAUACGGCCAAAGUUAUCAAUCAUAAUGCCUGUAUAUUGUACAGUUGCUUUGACCAACACCAGCAAUGAUCCGUGUUACAACUAUGAAUCUCUCGACCGUCCCUGGAGAGCCUCAAAUGAAAGUGGAGUGUACAUUGCCAAUGGAUACACUUCAUGGAUCGGCUGGUAUCGGCUUUUCUACAAUGGGAUGAACAUCAGAAUGCCGGAGAGCUGUGUUAGUCCUGGCACCUGUAACACAUAUUACAGUCUGUGGCUCAGUGGUCCUCACCCUCAAAAAGAGGAUGGAGUUGUGACCCGGGAGAUAUGUGGGAGGAUUCUAUGGGGUGGCUGCUGUGAUUUUUCAUUCCAACCCAUCAGAGUCAAAGCCUGUUCUGGCGAUUAUUACGUCUAUGAAUUUGUGAAGCCACAACCAUAUGCGGAUUCAGGGUACUGCACAGAUAUCAACACUCUGUCUCAAUUUCUUUAUACUACAAGUCCAGCUCUGGUUACUGAAUCCAGCCUGACAUUGUCUGCCAUCAGCUCCGAUCCAUGCAGGGAUUACAGUAUUCUUGAGCAGCACUGGAGAAGCACAUUAAAUUACUAUAAUCCGAACGGAUAUGAUGACACACGUGUUAAAUGGGACGGCUGGUAUCGACUUUUUAUCAACGGAUCAAGCGCUCAGAUGCCUGAGUGGUGUUUCACUUAUAUGACAUGUGGAGGUUUCAGUUCUCUUUGGCUCGGUGGUCCUCAUCCAAAAAUACAAGAUGGCAUCGUUGCCCGUGAAGUUUACGGUACUCAGUAUGGCCAGUGCAGUUACUACAGAUCCGACUCGAUCCAAGUCAAAGCUUGUCCUGGAAAUUAUCACGUCUACAAACUGACGAGGCCAAAUCUGUCAAUUCCACAACCUGUGUAUUGUGCAGUUUCUUUAAGCUCUCCAAAUAUUGACCCCUGCUACAACUACACCAGUCUGGAUGAGCCCUGGAGAGCCUCCAACAAUUCAGAUUACUCCUAUUAUAGAUGUGAUUCUGAUGUGACCGGUUGGCACAGGCUGUUCUACAGUGGACAGAAUGCUCAGAUGCCGGAGUCAUGUGUCGGUUACGGCAUGUGUGGCUCUUAUAACCCACUGUCGCUCAAUGGUUCUCAUUCACAGCUAGAAGAUGGAGUGGUGAUCCGGGAAGUCUGUAUGUCAUGGAAUGACUGCUGUUCUUACAAAUCUCAUCCCAUACAAGUCAAAGCUUGUCCUGGAAAUUACUAUGUUUAUAAAUUUGUCAUCCCAAUUUACUGGGGUACUUACUGUACAGAUCACAGAAGUUUUCACACCCCAUUACCAUCUCCCGUGACAUACCCUGUUAUCAGAGACCCGUGCUAUGAACUCAACUGUACUGAGAAUGAGUGGUGUGGAAAACACAAUGGUGUUUACGGCUGUUUCUGUAAUCAGACCCAACCCACAUCUAUCCCUGACACUUUUGAUGCCUAUGAGACGUGUGAAAGCAGUUCUGGGUUCAUGUCUCUGUCUCGCUCCCAGCUUCCAUAUCAGGAUGCUCAGUUCUCCAAGCCGUUCAAUGGUAGUGUGGAUGUUGAGGUGGACCACAAGACUUUUGUGGAAGUGCGUGUUGAUGGAGUUGACGGUCAUCAGUUUGUUUCAGUGAUUGACUCAUGUUGGGCGACACCUGUGAAUGAUCCUCAGUCCUCUCUCCGCUGGGAUCUCAUCAUUGAAGAGUGUUCCAAUCCAAGUGACGAAACAGUGGAGCUUCUGCAGAACGGCGUCUCCACAUCCAGUCGUUUCUCCUUCAGGAUGUUCAUCUUCACUGCAAAGUCCACUAAAGUUUACCUGCACUGUAAAAUUCACCUUUGUCUCCAGACCAACAAUACCUGCUCAUCUCAAUGUCAACCUGGACAGCAUCUGAGAAUGGGCAGAUCUCUGGAUUUCCACGACACUGCCUCCAUAUCUAUGGGUCCACUGGUCUGGUCGAAUGGAAACUCAGAUAUUUUGGCUCCAGAAAAAGUGAAGGUGUCGAGGGCCUCAGGUCUUUGUGGCUCUGUGAUGUUUUUUCUGGUUUUGGUUUUGAGUGCUUACAUCGUCUUCUAAUAGGUUAACACAAAUGAAAAGCUCUCAUUUUAAAAGAUGUGUAUACUUUGAUUUUGUUUAUGCAUAUGUUGUCUUGAUUGACAAAAAAUAACUGGCUUUAAACUUAAACAUUAAAUUUUAAUGUGUGAUGAGACCUUUUUUAAAAUAGCUUUACAGUGUGUUUUGAUUUUUAGCAUGGUGAUAUAAGAUUACAUUUUAAUGAUA